AUGGCCAUCGCGCCACUGUCGCCAGAAAACGAUGUUGUGGUCGCUGGAAAAUGCUGUCAGAGUGGGUUGUUGGAGUUGCAGUUACUCUAUUCUUGCCCUCACACCCAUCCCUCUCUCUGUCGCACCCAACCCCGCACCAUCAACGAUCUCUCGUGCCCAGCUGUUUCUCGACGGUCUCUCGCACCCAACCCUCGCACCAUCGACGCAACCCUCGUUAGAUUUGGAACCCUCCAUCGGCGCUGCUCCGUCCAUGCACCAUCAGUGGUCUCUGUCUCGGCGUGCCCUCCUACUCUCUCAGUGGUCUCUGUCUCGCAAACCCUUGUCGGAUUCGGAACCUCAAUCGUUGCUCACUCUAUUUCGCAAACCCUCAAUCGCCGCUCCUCCCUCCGUGGUUCAGCACCCGUCGCGUUGCCGUCUCCCUCUCUGAAGUCGUCGCGCCGCCGUCUCCCUCUCCCUCACUCGUCGCACCUCCGUCAGCCAUGUUCAACGUUCACAAUGCCGUGCUGUGGUAGUGCUCAGCUACUGAUAUGUGGUGCUCAUUCUGAGUUCAUUCUUUGCUGAAUCUCGUUUGGCAGAGAAUACCUCUAGAUUUUUUGCAAGGUGGCAAAUUUAGAGCAGCAGCAGAUAAUUACAUUAGGCCUCCCCUAACUAAGGUAUUCAAGUUUCUUUUUAG